CUGGUGCAUGGCGUAAUCGAAGGCGAGACCCGCGUCCUCGCCGCCUCCAUGACCAUGGAGGAGAUCUUCAAGGGGACCGCCAAUCAGGUCCAGCACGAGCUCAACCAGUUCGACCUCUACAUCUACAACGCCAACGUCAAGCAGCUCGUCGACGUCCGCGGCCACGAGUGCUUCUCUUACCUAGGUCAGAAGACGCAGAUGGAGGCCGCCAAUCAGGCCAAGGUCGACGUCGCCGAGGCCAGGAUGAAGGGGGGAAUUGGGGCUAAGGACCGCGACGGGCUCACGAAGCAGAACGCGGCCAAGAUCGACGCGGAGACGAAGAUUAUUGCGAUUCAGAGGGAGGGGGAAGGUAAGAAGGAGGAGAUCAAUGUGAAGGCCAAGGUCAAGAUCUACGAGAAUCUGAGGGAGGCAGAGGUCGCCGAGGCGAACGCCGAGUUGGCUCAGAAGAAGGCCGUGAACUCUCAUCGCCAUCACCGAAAACCUUCGCCUCAUAGUAAAAUCAAAGCUUCCUCCUACCCCAAUUCGAUCCCCAUGGCGGCGACAAUCACCUCGACCUUCAAAACCCCAUUCCUCGACACCAAAUCGUCCUUCAAUGGCGCUCCGAUCCCGGCCUCCAUCGCCCGCUUCACAACCAUGAAACCCGCCUCUGCAGGCGUCUCCAUGUCCAUGUCCAGCCCGCCGCCUUACGACCUGAACUCCUUCAAGUUCGCGCCGAUCAAGGAAUCCAUCGUCUCCCGCGAAAUGACCCGCCGAUACAUGACCGACAUGCUCACCUACGCCGACACCGACGUCGUCAUCGUCGGCGCCGGAUCCGCCGGGCUCUCCUGCGCGUACGAGCUCAGCAAGAACCCCGACAUCCGGAUCGCCAUCAUCGAGCAGUCCGUCAGCCCCGGCGGCGGCGCGUGGCUCGGCGGCCAGUUGUUCUCCGCCAUGGUCGUCCGCAAGCCCGCACACCUCUUCCUCAACGAGAUCGGCGUCGACUACGACGAGCAGGACGACUACGUCGUCAUCAAGCACGCGGCGCUGUUCACCUCGACGAUCAUGAGCAAGCUGCUGGCACGGCCGAACGUGAAGCUGUUCAACGCCGUUGCGGCGGAGGAUCUGAUCGUGAAGGGAGGCAGAGUAGGCGGCGUGGUGACGAACUGGGCGUUGGUGUCGAUGAACCACGACACACAGUCGUGUAUGGACCCGAACGUGAUGGAGGCGAAAGUGGUGGUGAGCUCGUGCGGCCACGACGGGCCGUUCGGAGCCACGGGAGUGAAGAGGCUGAUGGACAUCGGGAUGAUCGACAAGGUUCCGGGGAUGAAGGCGCUCGACAUGAACGCGGCCGAGGAUGCGAUCGUUAGGCUGACGAGGGAAGUUGUCCCCGGGAUGAUUGUUACGGGGAUGGAAGUUGCUGAGAUCGAUGGGGCUCCCAGAAUGGGACCAACAUUUGGAGCGAUGAUGAUCUCCGGCCAGAAGGCGGCUCAUUUGGCACUGAAGGCGCUUGGAGAAGCAAAUGCGUUGGACGGUGGAGUCAACGGGAAGGUGAAGCAGCCGGAGUUUGUUAUCGCUGAUGCAGAAACUGCCGGAGAGACCGUGGAUGCUUAAUUGUAAUUAUGUAAGAGAUAAAUCAGCUAAGUGCUGAGUUACUAAUAAUAAGAGGAGGAGGAGAAGGGGAGAAGAAGAGCUAGUGUGUGAAUUAGGUGUUUGCUAGUUGCUUUGGGUGUUUUUUCCUUUGGCUGUUUGGAACUUGGAAGAGUGGGUUACAAGUUUUAGUUGACUUGGGGAAGUGCUAGUCCGUGUUUAAUCUGGAUUCCAGUCUUAAGUGCUUCUUGUGUGAGCCAUUUCGGUCCAAUCAAUGACACCAACUUAUGGGCUUCAAGCUUACCUAUACAUAUGGGCCGAAUGCUUGAAGAAAUGUCGCGGUGGGCUAUGAUUCUAACUUGGACUUUUAAUCUCCUGCAUGGAUUCAUCAAAUUAUCCCUUAAUUCCCUCUGACUUCUCUAGAACGGCCAAUACUACGGUGCCGCAAUAAAAAGUGCGGCACCGAUGACGCUUCUUGUUAUUGGUCCACGUCAAGUGUGACAUGGCAUGGGUGGAUUCAUUAA